GAGGAAUUGCAGAAUGCGUGCGGCGGACACACGCUAGACCGUGUACGUGGAUACAGUUUCCUCGCGCCAGCCAUUUCCACUCACCCACAAACCACACGCCACCGAUCGUCUUCUCUUUCUUCUCUUAUACUCUACUCUCUCUCUCUCUCCUCGCAUCCCCCGACUCCAUUUCUCCACACAAAGUUCCAAUCUUGUCUCUUUCUUUUCAUCCAGGGUGAGUGAAAUUAGAAAGAGCGAUCAUGGUUUCAGAGGCUUCUACUACCAGUUCUUCAGAUCAGGAAGCUGAUAUUGCUGUUGAGAAACCGGUUAAAAGAUGUUCCUCUAGCAAAAGCAAGCCUAAAAAGAUUGCUAAGAAGGUCCACAAAUCUGAAAGGGAAAAACUUAAAAGGGAUCAAUUGAACGUCCUAUUCCUUCAGCUAAGCAAAUGUCUAGAUUCAGUGCACCAGAACCAUGGAAAGGCCUCUACACUGACUGAAACUACAAAGCUGGUGGGAGAUUUAAUUUCCCAAAUUGAGUGUUUGAAAAAGGAGAAUACAUCUCUUUUAUCUGAAUCUCAAUAUUUACUAAUAGAGAAGAAUGAACUGAAAGAGGAGACUGGCGCCCUUAAAGAUGAGAUCGUGGAAGUGCAAAACAAGAUAGGGGAGAAGAUUCAUUCGCAGUCAUCAUCGCAGCUGGUUGAAGAAAACAUUUUUGUUAAAUUGUCACAGCAGAGUCAUUUAGUUGUGAUUCCCACCAGCAGCUUGCAGCAGCAGCAGCAAGUAGAAACUUAUAGAGAAGAAUGUGAUGUUGUUGCGCCAUCAUCAUCAUCAAAUCAUGUGAUCAGAAGGCCACAUGCCCGCUAUCCAUCUCCUUGGGAUUCCUGGCCUUCGCAAAUUCUCGACAAUCAAACUCAUACUGCAGAAGCUAUGAACAUUAGUAAUGAUAUCAGUAAGGAGACAGUCUCAUUGGCAUAAGCUUGUGUCAUGCAGCAUCUUGUUAGAUUUAUUUUGCUUGUAAGUAGUUAAUGGUAGAGAAUGAAAUAAAUAUAGUUGAUUAAUGUAAAAAAAAUGGAAAGAUAUUUGAACUAAGAGCUUAUUUUUCACCUGUUUGAUUUCCAUUAAAAUUGAACUUUUCUAUCA